GUCUGUCUUCUGUUCUCAUGACAGUCAACGCAUGUGAAUGCAGCUCCCACAGUUCAUUAAUAUAGGGAACUGUAACGCCGAGAUAACUGCGGGUUACCCAGCGAUGUCCAGUAGUCUCCAGUGAGAGCAACAGUUGGCGUACGUAACGCCGCCAUCUUUGUAGUCAGUUUCGUGGCGAUUCUCAGGACGCUUCUCAGACCGACAUCUUUCACGACAGCAAUCGGCCUGCAGUCCGUUACUAUCCACUUGGCAAAGGCAGUUGUUAUUUUUUCUUCCGUGUCGACAGUUCUCCCGCACGCCGCAUCCAAGUAGUCUGACGAAGUUUAGCCCCACUCGUUGUUUGGUUAGCUAGUUGGCUGGCAUCAAUACUGUGUAACGCCUUAAGGUGGUACUUCAAGCUCGUAGUACUCCGGUGAUACGAUAACUCCAGUUUACAGUAGUUAACUUGUUAAGAAAUGUUUCUUAACACUUUGAAGUUGCUCUGAAGUUUGUAAAGGCCAAGACUUAAACCCGUUACAGACUCCGACCAGCAGGGGGCGCUGCCGCCCGUAUGUUCUCACCUUUACACAGACACCAUCCGCCCCGGCUGUUGUUAGUCUCUGGCGCAAUGUGCAGUGUUUUGAAUAGAUAGCUAUCUCUCAGCUGACUUCAAACAGGAUGGAAGAGGAGCCGGACAUCGGUGUUCCUUCGCGGACGGAGAGGAAAGCGUUGGAAAAGGCCAAAAUACUUGAACGAGAAGGCGAGAGGAAGCUCUUUAGACUGGUUGGACGGGUCCUGAAGAAGCCGGAGGCUGAACGGUCGGAGGAGGAGGCCGCUGUGUUGCUGCUGCACAGAGAAACGGUGGAGGAGCUCUGCAAGAGACAAGUCCGCAGAAAUGUGCUCAAGAGGAAGCAGGAGGAGCUGUAUGAUGAUGCGGAUGAGCUGAAGCGCAAAGUCAAGCAGCUGGCUGUGGCAAUCGAGCAAGCAAAACACCUGGUGGUAUACACCGGAGCCGGUAUCAGUACGGCAGCUUCUAUCCCAGACUACAGGGGCCCCAAUGGGGUGUGGACACAGCUGCAGAAGGGCCGGACCAUCAGUUUGUCUGAUCUGAGUAAAGCUGAGCCGACCCUCACCCACAUUUGCAUUAGAAUGCUUCAUAAGGAAAAGCUGGUAAAGCAUGUUGUUUCUCAAAACUGUGAUGGACUUCACUUGCGUAGCGGUCUACCAAGACAUGCCCUGUCUGAGCUUCAUGGAAACAUGUUUAUUGAGGUGUGUACAUCCUGCUCCCCGGUCAGUGAGUAUGUCCGUUUAUUUGACGUGACGGAGCGGACGUCGCUGCAUCGCCACGGGACGGGCCGCAGGUGCAGCCACUGUAGUGGUGAACUCAAGGACACCAUUGUGCACUUCGGUGAACGUGGAACCCUGGAGCAACCUCUCAACUGGAAGGGAGCUGCAGAAGCAGCAGAAAUGGCAGAUGUUAUCCUCUGCUUAGGCUCUAGUCUUAAAGUGUUGAAGAAAUACGCCUGUCUAUGGUGCAUGAAUAGACCAGCAAGCAAAAGGCCCAAACUCUACAUUGUCAACCUCCAGUGGACGCCGAAAGAUGAUCUGGCUGUGCUAAAAAUUCAUGGCAAGUGUGAUGAUGUCAUGAGCCUCCUUAUGAAGGAGCUGAGCGUUCAGAUUCCUGUGUAUGACCGGGCAGAGGACCCCAUCUUCAGUCUAGCUACAUCUCUGCUGUUAGAAGAGGCCAACAGCCACACUCGUGAGGUCAUAGCUCCCCAUGAUGGGCAGGAGGUCUGCUUACCUGGAUCUGGAGAGCAGGCAGAAGAAGCCACAGCUGUGCAGGGCGGCUGGUUUGGACGAGGCUAUGGCAAAGGAAGGAAGAAGAAGAAGAAAGCUGCAUAGUCGAGGGAACUUUACAGACUACUCAUUCAAUGUGGUCAAGUAAAAGUUCAGUCCCAUAAUGAGGACAGCAUGGACUUUUGAGUGCUGUUAUGUGCAUUGGUAUAAUUUAGUCACAUGCAAUGCAUGUGAGUGUGGAAAGUGAAACAUAAGUUUGAUAAUUUGUCAUUUGGAAAUGGCACUUUGCACCAUGAACAUAUUUUACACACCAUAGUGUUUCGUAACAGCUAGAGCUAACGUGGCUUUGGUGAUGCUGUGUUGGUAGCGCUCGGUAUUAUCCCAGCACAGAGCCAGAGUGCCAAACCAUACAAAUAUUCUCACACCCUGUGGGCUCAAAAAGUGGCAAAAUGGUUUCCUCCAAAAUGUUGCAAUACGGUUUUGAAACCACUUCUGCAGCAUUAUUAUUUGUUCUGCUGACCCCCUGUAUGGUCAGUAUGUUUACAAACUCGUAUUUUCAACAGCCUUAAGUUGUAAUAAGUCCAAGUGUCCAGUGUAUGUGUGUAUAUAUAUAUAUAUAUAUAUAUAUA